UAAUCGUACAUCGUUGUCCUGUACUUACACUCCAAUGAUAAGAACUUUCUGGGAAAGUUCAUAGUUAUUCACGUAUCAAGGCUCCAUGUGUGCACAGCAGCUAUAAAUGAACCAAUCUCCCUAGCUAGCUAGGACCUGUCAAUAACAAGAGAUCAAAAAGAAUAAAGAAAAAAAAUAAUUCUACAUCAUCUAGUCAACAUAAAAUAUCCAACGAGCUAGGAAGAAAAGAUGAUAAUGGAGAUUGAGGAAGUGAGGUGCGAAGCACUGCCUGUGCUUUCAUUAAACCAUGUGUCCUUGUUGGUGAGAGAUGUCUGCAACUCUGUGCGCUUCUAUGAACAUGUUUUGGGCUUUUCUCUUGUUAAACGUCCUUCUUCUUUCAACUUCCAUGGAGCCUGGUUGUACAACUAUGGAGUGGGGAUUCACCUGCUUGAGAACAAAGUUAUGGAGGAUUACGAUGCCAUCAAUGAACCUCGACCCAUUAAUCCCAAGGAUAACCACAUUUCAUUCCAGUGUAGUGAUAUUGUGCUGGUGAAGAGGAAGUUGGAAGAAAUGGGAAUGAGGUAUGUAACUGCAGUUGUGGAGGAAGAUGGAAUCAAAGUGGAUCAAGUGUUUUUCCAUGACCCUGAUGGCUACAUGAUUGAAAUUUGUAACUGUGACAACCUUCCAAUUUUACCUAUCUCUUCAAGCUGCCCACUUAAGCCCCACAAUAUUGGCACCUAUAACAAAAUCAUAGCUACCAAUUAUGGAUGUGGUUUUAUGGAGACUGAGAUGAUGGAGAACUUAAGCAUGAACAUGCUCAACUUUUCUUUCUAAUUAUUAAGAAGUACUUAUUACUAUGUACUAUUUAAUAUUCAGUAGUUAGUUUGUUAUGUGUGUGAUUGAAAUUUUUUAGUUGUUUGAAAGUUUGUGGUCAUUGAAUUUGAUAUAUUCGAGGAGUCACCAUUGGUCAUCAUUUGUUUAAUUAAGUGGCUUUUUCACAAGUUUGUAUGAUUAAAUUUGCCUGGCUAUACAAGUUAAAGCUGGUGGAAUAGUUAAUGUACUUCUAUUUUGAACUAUAUAGUAGUAGUAGUAUAUACUAGUUUGUAAAUGUGCAAUUCUAUUACAAUCUCCGAUUCAGUUGUUUA